AUGGGAAAUGCAAUGGCUUUAUGUUUCUAUGUAAAUUACAAAGCAUCAACAUCAUCUUCAUCUUCAUCACUAGUGAAGUUAAUAUUCUGGGAAGGAAAAACAAUCACAUUUAAAGGGAAAAAAAUAGCAGGAGAAAUCAUGUUUGAAUAUCCAGAAAUGAUGGUUUGUCAUGCAAAUUCAUUCUACAUAAACCAUAUUAUACCGGCUUUGUCGAUAAGCGAUGAGUUAUUUGCCGGACAAACUUACUUCAUUUUGCCUAUCGAUCCUUUCGCUUUCAAAGUUCUUUCCAUUUCAUCUCUAUCUUCUUUAGCUUCAUCUUCAAGUGGUAGUAAACCAAAAAGACCUAUAAAUUUUACUGAAUGUCCGUUUCAAUACGUGAAAGGUAGUGACGGAAGAAUGCUGAUUAGGGUUUUGCCUGAGUUCAUAAUGAAAUUGAUCAGUACAUCAGAUGGAAACAGUACUAUUAGUAGUACUAGUAGUAGUACUAGUUUUCUUUGCAGUACACCAGAACUGAAGAAACAUUAUGAUGUAUUGGUUGGAUCUUCAAAAGAAAGAGUUUGGUCACCAAAACUGGAAACCGUCUCAGAAUGUAAGAAGAAUGUUGCUAUUACUACAAGAUUGUCACCAUGCAGACUAUUAGGGGUAGAUGUAAGAAGAUCAACUGUGAGAUUGACUAAGAGUAAUUAA